AUGAAAAGUGCUCUAAGUUUGGCGACACUCCUGAUGAUCCUGGCCCUGGCCUGUGCCUAUUCUUCAUCAUCCUCGUCUUCCAGCAGCUCACCUAAGGUCUGUCUGCUCGAUAACUGCAACUGGAGCUCAACCACAAACAGCUGUGGCAAAUACGGAAAAUCGAACCUAUGCACCCGCUUUAAGAACAGCUGCAGGAUGCGUUACGAGUCCUGUGUGGGCUCUACCUCAUACACCGCGGUCAGCUUGUCCCAGUGCUCGGGAAUCAGUGUGGGAGCACGUGGAACCUGCGGUGGAUCCUCGUCGUCCUCGUCCUCAUCAUCGUCAAACGUGGUGCCAAUUAUUAUACGUCGCGGUUGA